AUGAAGUGGCUUAGAGGUCUGGCGUUGGUCUCCGCCGUUGCGGCAGCUGGUUCAUUCAGGACCCGGAGCCCACCGAGAAGCAUUUGCGCAGACGCCGGCGGCGGACAUGUCGGCUACUACAGUUUAGAAACCGACUCGAAGCACAUGUUUUUCUGGCUGGCAGAAAGUCGCGGAGAACCGAGCAGCGACCCGGUUAUUCUUUGGAUGAGUGGUGGUCCCGGUGCCUCUUCCGUGGCUUUCGGUCUCUUCCAGGAACUUGGCCCUUGCCUAAUUGACGGCGCCAACUCAACAAGAUCAAAUCCAUAUGCAUGGAACAAUAACGCGAACGUCAUUUUUGUUGAGUAUGGAUUGCUCCUGAAACCACUGGGAAGGCAAGGCAUAAGCUGA